CUAUCUUUGGACUAUUCCCGGCUGAAAUUUCACCAAGGUUUUUAUCCUUCCCCCCCUUUUUGAUUUUCGACGUGCGUUUAAUUGAGAAAUGCAAUGGGUUUUUUUUAUCCCUGUUCCUGUUUCAAGUUUUCGUGUAUGAGUAAAGGAGGUUGAGAUGUCGUUGUGAUUGUAUAGGGUUUUGGUUAUUUUGUGUUGAAUCUAUUGUGUGGUUAUUAACUAUUUUGAAUGUGUAUUUUUUGUAUUAUAUUUUUGGUCGGAGAUGUUUGUUUGCUGGGAUUUAUUGAUUCAUAAAGUGACUGUUUUAGUUUGUGACGCUCGGAGACUGUAUGUUUAACUCUGAACUUAUUUCAUUGUUGGGUUUCAGGUUUAGCUUCAUCGAAUUGGGAAUUUUAAGUUGAAGAGGAGAAAGUUCUUUUUGGUGUAUAUUUUGUUUCUGGAAAUUUGGCUGAUUAACAAUGUCGGUCACGGCGGGGGUUAGUGAUACUGUAAUUGCUGUUAGGGAUAAACUUAGAGGUAAAAUUGGACAAACAAAAGUUAAGAGGUACUGGCCUGGAAAGGCUCCCGAGUGGGCGGAUGAUGCUGAUGAAGAUGGCGAUAUUAGGAUGGCCAGGGCAGCAGCACUUGAGAAAGCAUUUCCAAGUCAGGAAGAUUCAGAUCUAUCUAGGAAGGAUGACCCUAGGUUGCGCCGUCUAGCCGAGAGUAGGAUAGAUAAUCAGGAGGAGAUUAGAGCUGAUCAUCGACGUAUGCCAAGCGAGAUUGUUUCGACCAUUGAAGAGGAAACUCGAAGGCAGGAGGGAUUAGAUGCAGAGGAGAGGAGAGGAGGCUUUGGAGGAAAGAAGAAGAAGAAUCAAGGAAAAAGUUUGCGACAAAGGGAACUAGAAGAAGCUGCAUUCCCUGAAGAAGAAGAGGAGGAGGAACCAGAGGAAGAGGAAGAAGAGGAGUCUGAGUAUGAAACUGACUCAGAAGAUGAACCUACUGGGAUAGCAAUGGUGAAGGCAAUAUUUGUUCCUAAAUCAGAGAGAGAAACUAUUGCUGAACGGACGUAUUGAAGAGGAGGAAAGGUCUCUUGAGGAAUGAGAAAAAGGAGAUUGGAGGAAAGGAAGGCAGAGACAAAGCACAUUGUGGUUGAGGAGAUUAGAAAGGAUGAAGAGAUCCAGAAGAAUCUGGAAAUGGAGGCAAAUAUUGCAGAUGUGGAUACUGAUGAUGAAAUUAAUGAAGCAGAAGAAUAUGAGGCUUGGAAGUUAGAGAGAUUGCUAGAUCAAGAGGAUAGAGAACUCCGAGAUGCAAUGUUGAAGGAGAGGGAGGAGAUUGAAGAGGUGAGGAAUAUGACUGAGGAAGAGAGGAGAGAAUGGGAGAGGAAGAAUUCGAAACCUGCUCCACCACCUAAGCAGGAGUGGAAGUUUAUGCAAAAAUAUUACCACAAGGGUGCGUUCUUCCAGGAAGAUGCUGAUGAUAAUGCUGGAAAACGCUGGAUCUGAUUUCUAUUUUUCCAUCGUGAUUUCUCUUCCCCAACUGGAGAAGAUAAGAUGGACAAGACAAUAUUGCCGAAGGUUAUGCAAGUCAAGCACUUUGGUCGUAGUGGGAGAACUAAAUGGACACAUCUUGUCAAAGAAGAUAUGACCGACUGGAACAACACUUGGACCUAUAAUGAUCCUCUUCGGGCAAAAUACAAUGCAAAAAUGGCUGGAAUGAAUGCACCAAUAGCGAAACCUAAAGGAAGCAAGAAGUUAAAGGAUUGGGAAUCUCGUUGAGUUUUAAUGGCAUAAAGCACGGUUAGAAAGCUUUUCUAGUUAGCCCUUUUCGUUGUUCAAUUUGAAAAAAUGCUUGCAUAAUGGGUUACCAAGAUAGUUUGGCACCCAGUUUGCCUUCUCUUUCAAACUAGAGAUGUACCUGGAUUUUGUAUGUUGAUGUAAUAUAAUUACUCCCAAGUCAUUACGUUCCCCUUUUGUUACAGUUGCUUUUUGGUUGGUAUUUCUCGUUA